AUCAAGUUAUGUGCAAAAGUUACGUUUUAUUUAUUAUUUUUUUGCGCAAAUCGCCGUAUAGAAUGUAAAAGAAAUGGGUUCGAAAAAUCUCUUCUCGAAGCAUUUGCCCAACAUAAAACUUGCCACACGAUUUGACGCCGACGGCAAUGAGAUUCAGGUGGAACGUCGCGAAGAUGAGGAACAGAAGCGCAAGGAGCAGGAAAUCAUCGACAUCCUGGUGGGCGCCGGGUACUACCGGGCACACAUCCAGGGUCUGUCCAUCUUCGACAAAAUCGUCGGCGGAAUGACCUGGUGCAUCGAGGCGUGCGAUUACGACGUGGACGUGGAUCUACUGUUCCACGAGAAUUUGACCAUCGGACAGAAGAUCUCCCUCACGGAAAAGAUCGUCGUGGUGCUUCCGAAGAUGAAGUGCCCCUUCCAGUUGGAACCACAUCAGAUUCAAGGACUGGAUUUCAUUAACAUCUUUCCGGUGGUGGAAUGGUUGGUUAAACGAUCGGCGGAAAACCGUUCGGAGAAAGCCGAGAAGCUGAAGAAACUGGCGGCGUCGCAGUUUCAGAAUCAUUUUACGCUCCAAUCGGACCGGGAAACCAAACAAGUGCACUCGAAACAGCUGGACAAUCUGCGGACGGUCGAGGAUCGGUACAUUCCGAAGAGGCAGUUCCGGCGCACGGAGAAGGGCCCGGAGGAUGUGAUGAGUCGGGUGCGGAUUACACUGAUGGAGUAUGGAACGAGGGACUUUUCUGUGAGGACUAAUGUAGACAUUGCCGAGGUGGACGAUGCGCGGGAAUCGGAGGACGUGUUUGAAGGAAUUCUACAGAGAACCGAACAAGAGCUUGAUUUUGAUAAUUUGUUCAAAAACUUAUCAGUUGCAAAAGAGCAAAACGUCUCGGUUGAGCUGACGGACGCCGAACGAACCGCCCUGACACAACAUUACGAGGAUCUCAAACGGGAAAUGUCGAUCGAUACCAGUCAGCUAUCCGAGCAGAACAAAAUCAAGACGAUUCUCGCCACAAAGUUAGCUCUAGAGAAGAAACUAGAUCGUGUCAAAGCUUCAAACAGCAAGCUGAAAGAUGCUCUACAGCAAGAACAGGCAGACUUGGACGGCAUGAUGGACUUGAAAGACUCGCUAGAGGCGGAAAUCCACAACCUGGACAACAUGGAAAUCAACGAGGAAAAUCAGAAAAUUCUGGCUCACGUUCAAGAGCUGAUCCUGAAGAACGAAAAAAUGAAACAGCUUGAAACGGAAUUCAAGGAAAAUUGCAAGAAAGAACUGGCGGAGCUACAGGAGAAAAUACAGAAAGCCGAAACAUCGACUCCAGACGAAGACAUAGUCGAAUACCAGAAGCAACUAGAGGUGGAGCAGGAACGUCUAAAGUCCUUGCGUCUGCAGCUGGCUAAGAAAAACCGUGCCUACGUAUCCAUCAACCGCCAGUUGGAUAACAUUCCCGAUCGUACUGAGCUGGCUCAGUAUCAGAGAAGAUUCCUAGAGCUGUAUAACCAAGUCAGCGCAACCCAUCGCGAGACGAAACAGUUCUACACCCUGUACAACACCCUGGACGAUACCAAGUUGUACCUGGAGAAGGAAAUGUCGCUGCUGAAUUCGAUCUACGAAAACUAUGGUAACGCCAUGCAGUCGUUCAACUCCCGGGAGCAGUUUGUGCAGCAGUUCGAAACGAUUGUCGAUGGCAUUCGUAACAAUAAGACGAAGGUUAAAAAGAAAUGCGACGACGAACGUGCCAAGCGUGAUGGCCUGAAUGCCCAACUGUUGUGUCUGGUCGAGCAACAGCGCAAAUACGCUGCAACCGUUAAACAACUGACCGCCGAGUGCCAGCGAAACGAGGCCCUGCUACGACGCCACCAGCUACUACAGGCGGAACUCGAACCGAGCGAAUAAUCUCCAUAAAACUAUAUAUUCAAAUAUAAUCACAUUUUACCCAAGCUAGGAAAAACUCGAA